CUGAUAAUGGACCGAUUUACGAGCUAUGUACGAGAUACUGACGAACCAAACGCAUGAGAAGACCGUCCCUUGGCACCAAUAUAUGUCAAAUGAUUAUUGAGCUAUACCGUGGCCAGAAAGCUUUCAGAGAAGCUGGACUCUUCUGGGGUACGUAUAUACAAGGUACAGAGACAAGAUUUGGAACAUUUUUCUGCCUGAACAGCAAGAGGUUAUAUGUUGAUAUUCAAGUGCACAGACAAACAAAGUAAAUGAGAGGAACGACAACAGAAGCUUAAAAUGGCUAUAACUAUCGCGAUAUAUGUUUUCGUCGCCAUCAAUGCCAUUCUUUCUCUGACAGCGACCAUUGCAAACCCUCUCAUUAUCCUCGCCAUCUUCAAGACACCAACGCUUCACACUCCUUCCAACGUACUCCUCUGUUCUCUGGCACUCUCGGACUUCGGAGUUGGGCUUCUUGUACAACCUAUGUUUAUGGUUUUCUUGACUACGACAUCACUUUCCAUGCGAGUUGUAAAAACUGCAACUUUUUUGUUCGCAGGAGCGUCAUUUUUUACCAUGACAGCCAUUACUGUCGACCGUUACCUUGCCCUGCUUCUACAUCUAAGGUACCAAACAAUCGUGACGAACAAACGUACUCUAAUCUUAACUUUUAUUAUCUGGAUUGCGAAUCUUUUGGUUGCCAUUCUUAACGGGACAAGGUCCUCGUUCAAGCAUGACAUCAGUUCUAUCGUCAUUAGUUUUGUUUCCCUCGUUCUGUCGUCGUAUUGUCACAUCCAAAUCUACCGGAUCGUUAAACGACAUAAACGAGAAAUCCUCAAACAAACGCGGUCAAUCUCUCUUGGGUAUUCGUCCUCGUGUCUUCCAAGAAUCAGGCAAGGAAAAUCCAUAGCCAACUUGUAUUACAUCCAUGGAUUGUUCAUUUCAUGUUGUACACCGUAUCUUUUUGUUCAAGUGUGUUCUUACUUGUUUGAUAUUUCUAUGCACGACAUCGCUCUUCCAAUUUAUUUUACAACAACUUUGAUCUUUUUGAAUUCGACUUUGAAUCCGUUUUUGUUUUGCUGGAGGGUACAAGAUAUAAGAUUAGCUGUAAAAGACAUCUUCAAAAUUGGUAAAAAACAAUGA